AAUAACCCUGCUGAUUGUUCUUCAUCAAGGACAAAACAUGUUGUGUGCCGUGUUGCUGUGGGCCGGUCUGGUUCUGGGCCACUCUGCGCCUACCGUUACUGAACUGUGGGAAAAGUGGCAAAUGAAACAUGGCAAGGUCUACGAUGAUCAGAUGGAGGUCGCCUACAGGAGGGCGGUGUGGGAGAAGAACGUGCGGUUGGUGUUGAGACACAACAAGGAGGCCUCAGCAGGACUACACAGCUUCACAAUGGGACUCAAUCAUCUGGCUGACAUGACUGCUGAGGAAGUCAAUGAGAAGCUGAACGGCCUGAAGAUGGAGGAGCCCACUAGAGUCAGAAACUACACUUUCAAAGACUUGAGUGGCCAAAAGAUGCCUAAGAGUGUCGACUGGAGGAAGAAUGGUAUGGUUGGUCCAGUACGAAACCAGGGGAUGUGUGGCUCCUGCUGGGCCUUCAGCACUAUGGGAGCUCUUGAGGCCCAGAUGAGGAGGCAAACAGGCGCCCUCGUCACCCUGAGCCCACAGAACCUGGUGGACUGCAGCGCCAGCAAUCACGGCUGCCGAGGAGGAUACCUGUCUGCCGCCUUCAGAUACGUCAUCCGCAACCAAGGCGUCGACUCAGAGAACUUCUACCCCUACGAAACCAGGGACGGGCCAUGUCGGUAUUCUGUGGAGGGAAUGGCCGGAUACUGCAGUGAUUUCCACGACGUCCCUCCAGGAAAUGAGAGGGCUCUGCAGGCUGCGGUGGCGACAGUGGGGCCGAUCUCUGUGGCCGUGAACGCCAUGCUGCAGUCCUUUCAUUUCUACAAAGGAGGUUUGUACAACGAACCAAACUGCGACCCAAAUCACAGAAAUCACGCUGUCCUGCUUGUGGGCUACGGCUCAGAGGAUGGACAAGAUUUCUGGAUCGUGAAAAACAGCUGGGGAGUUGAAUGGGGAGAAGGAGGCUACAUCCGAAUUGUCAGAAACAGGAACAAUCUCUGCGGUAUUGCCAGCAAUGCAGUUUACCCCUCAGUGUGAAAAUGUGACCUGUCAGCUGAAUCAUCUUGGUAGUAUUAAGGUUAUUCAUUUAAUAUCAGAGACCAGAUGUUUGCUUUUUACCUGGAACACUGAAACAGUGGAUGAUAUCCUUAAAAUGGGAAUAAAACUGCCAAAAUAUUGCUGAUAAAGUUUUGCUUUGCAAAAAUUUUGCUUCAUCAAUAUAUCUGCUUUGGUAGUCUCUCUCACUGAUGUUUUGAUUUUUUUU